AUGGCGGGCCCUGGCCUUCUUAAGUUUCUGGACUUGCCGCCUGAAGAAGUGCCGGGAAGCGCACCCCGCGCCGCACCAAAGGCGCAGGCGACGCCGCAAAUGAGCGCGGCCGGGUUUCUGCCGAUGCUAAGCACGGCAGGACUUGCAACGGAUUCGGACUCCGAUGAUGGCCUGGUGAUUCAGAGGGAGGGACAGUAUCAGGAAGUCCUGGCCAUGGCUUGCGAGCCUCCUCCUGAAGCUUUUCCUGGACUGCCUACACACAUCAUCCUUCGCGUCCUGCGAAUUGGUGGGCUAGCGGGGAAGAUUGAGAGCAAGGGAAUACCGGGGCGAGAAGAUCUUGGCUUCUUCUUAGAGGAGAAGAAUCCUUUGGAGCGAAGCACGGCUGCUGCAGCUGUUCUGGGUGACCGACCACCCGGGAGGCAUCGCUGCACCGAGCCUCGGGCCACACCAACAGCCUCCGGAGAGAAGUGGGAGGCUGCUUGGGAUCGAGGCUCCCCAGGCGAAGUGAAGGUGCGACUGAAGGAGGGCCAGGACUCGAUUGCGGUCGGCAUUCUUCUGGGGCAAGAAGUCGUUGCGACGACGGCUGAGCUUGACCUCACAGGGACGUUUCGGCGAUUCUUCCAACACCAUGAGCUCUACAGGCCUGGCUUUAGCGGCGUUGCCGUUGGAAAGAUCGAAGAUGCCACAGCCCAAAUUGCGUUGGAGCUGUUUCCUCCAGGCUCGCAACUCCCUCCACGACCCCUCACUGGAGAAGAGGAGAUGGACAAGAACGCCAGGGAAGCUCAGGUCGAACCGCUGGUGGACUGCAGAUUUUGCGAUGGCUUCGGUCGCAGGAGUUGUGAUGGCUGCGGUGGCCACGGGAUUCUGGUGUGUGGAACGUGCGACGGGAUGCCAGCGCUACCCUGCCCAGUCUGCCGUGGACGUGGCCUGCUCCAUGACAAUUUGGAGGGCAUUGGAGGGCCGCUACAUCGAAAUAGCCCAGAUGGCGGUCUGAUGAGCUCAGUUCGAGGGCGGCGAUGUCAAAAUUGCUGGGGCGCUCCGUUGACGUGCAAAGAUUGCUUUGGCGCGGCUGCGCUCCGAUGUAACGUGUGCAACGGAGCGGGGUGGUCAGUUCAGGCAGUGGAUCAGAAGGAGGCCGUUGCUUUGCGCGAUGGUCAGAAUGCACAGCUGGGAGAGGUCCUGGAUCAGGAAUACACAGCCGGCUUCUACACAGAUAUCGAGUCCGAGUCUUUGCCACCAGGCUUGAGCGAGGACAUCGUCCGCAGAAUUUCAGCGAUCAAAGAGGAGCCCGAGUGGAUGUUGGAGUUCCGCCUGAAUGCCUUUAGGAAGUGGCAGAAGAUGGAGAUGCCAGAGUGGGCGCACUUGGAAAUGGACCAGAUCAACUUCGAGGAUAUUGUGUACUACUCUAGGCCCAAGACGCAUAAGAAAAAGCAAAGUUUGGAUGAGGUUGAUCCUGAGCUUUUGAAUACCUUCGAAAAGCUGGGAAUCCCGCUGACAGAGCAAAAGCGCUUGGCCAACGUUGCCGUGGAUGCGGUCUUUGACAGUGAGAGCAUCGGUACAACCUUUCAGAAGGAGCUGUCAGAGGCAGGAGUGAUUUUCUGCUCCAUCUCCGAGGCAAUCAAGGAGCAUCCGGAGCUAGUCAAGCAGCAUUUGGGAUCUGUCGUCCCAACUUCGGACAACUUCUUCGCAGCACUGAACAGUGCUGUCUUCAGCGACGGCUCCUUCUGCUACAUCCCAAAGGACACCACGUGCCCAAUGGAGAUCUCCACCUACUUCCGCAUCAACAACAGGGAUUCUGGACAGUUUGAGCGAACCCUGCUGAUUGCGGAAGAGAACAGUUACGUCUCCUACCUGGAGGGAUGCACUGCUCCCAUGUUUGACUCGAAACAGCUGCAUGCCGCAGUGGUCGAACUGCGUGCAGCCGAGAAUGCUGAGAUCAAGUACUCCACCGUACAGAACUGGUAUGCAGGGGACAAGAACGGGAAAGGCGGCAUCUUGAAUUUGGUGACCAAGCGUGGAUUAUGUGAAGGCAAGAAGUCCAAGAUUUCGUGGACGCAGGUGGAGACUGGCUCGGCCGUGACUUGGAAAUAUCCCUCUUGCGUGUUGAAGGCCUGCACGCAGACAGACGGCACGCCUGAUGCAGCGGGUGGCGAUCUUGCGACUGUGGCCCAGGGAGAUGGCUCCAUCGGCGAGUUCUACUCCGUGGCUCUCACCAAUAAUUACCAGCAGGUCUUUGAAGCCGAAUUGGAAGAGGAGGAGGAGCAGAUACGCGGCAGAAUCAUGAAGCAGCUUGCUCCAAGCACUGCAGGAGUCUCCACGCCUCGUUGA